GUCACUGUUGUUCAAAUCCAUCUUAAUUUUUUUCCCCUUUUAUUUCCAUUUUAAUCUAGUUGCGCUUAAAUAAAAUGGAAGCCUUCAACCUCAAGUUGAUAAUUCACAAGCCGCACGACGUAGAUCGUCGUGUCAUCGAUUUCUCUCGUGGCCCAAUAUAUGAUACUUCCCUUUCUUGUUCUCUCGAUUUCCCUUUUCAAUCCGAUCCAUGCUCUGUAGAUAUCUCUCCUCUUGUUUUAAUAUUCUUGCAUCUAACUUUAACAAUGCGGUGCUAGUUUGAAGUUUCCGAUCGUUGGCAGGAAGUAAUUUUUUCCUUCUUAUUGUGAGAAAUCUAGGGUUGAUUGGUGGAAUACAUUGGGUAUUUCAUGGGUUUAAAGCAGCUCGACGAUGUUUAGGGUUUCGAUCGCCUGACAAUAAUCUGUUUUUUUUUCUUUUUUGAAUAGUAAAUGUUAUCAAGCAUGUUUCAUGGCUUUAGAUAUCAGUAAAUCCUUUUUACUAACAUCAGGCGAUUCUUUUAUUCCUUAGAUGGAGUAAUGGGACUAUUACCAAAACAUUUCGUUUCCUGAUCAAACUAUCUCCGAUUGCAUCAUAUAUUUUCUUAUGUGCUUGUUGAUUAGAAGAGUGAACUUAACUUGGCGGAGCCAGUCACGUCAACAUUGCCAGCUGAUCGGUCUUACUCUGGAAACUUCAAUAUAGUUCAUAAGUUAUUACAAGUGGUUAAAAUUUAUAUAUCAGUGCUAAUAGAAGCACCAAGUUCCUUCCAAUGGGUGCUCCUAAGCAAAAAUGGACUCAGGAUGAAGAAGCGGCCCUCAAGGCUGGAGUUAAUAAGCAUGGGGCUGGCAAAUGGCGCACAAUAUUGAAAGAUCCAGAAUUUAACAGUGUGUUGCGAAAUCGGUCUAAUGUGGACCUCAAGGACAAAUGGCGAAACAUGAGUGUGACUGCACAUGGACUGGGAUCACGCGAAAAAGCCAGGAUUGCCUUGAAAAACAGUCGACAAACCAUCAAGCAUGAUACUACAUCAAUGGAUGUAGUAGCUAAGGAUGUUGCAAAUGAAGUUGUUUACGUGGAGCCUCUUGCGACGUCUAGUGAGCCUCCUCAAAUUUCCAGUCAGAAAAGGUCUAUCAGCAGGCUAGACAAUCUCAUAAUGGAAGCUAUAAUCAAUUUGAAGGAGGCCACUGGAUCAAACAAGACAACUAUUUCUUCAUACAUUGAGGAUCAAUACUGGCCUCCAACUGAUUUUAAAGAGUUGCUAUCAGAAAAGUUGAAGACUUUGACUGCAUCCGGGAGAUUGAUCAAGGUGAAGCGCAAGUAUAGAAUAGCACCGACUUCUGCUUAUUCAAAAGAGAAAACCUCCAAAUUUCUUGUUGAAGGACAACAAGGGAAACCUAGACCUGAAAUCAAACCCCUCUUGAAAUCUCAGAUAGAUGCUGAAUUAGCACGAAUGCGAAAUAUGACAGCUCAGGAAGCUGCUGCUGCUGCUGCUCAAGCAGUUGCAGAGGCAGAAGCUGCUAUGGCAGAAGCUGAAACAGCAGCAAGGGAGGCGGAAGCUGCUGAAACUGAUGCAGAAGCAGCACAAGCCUUUGCAGAGGCAGCAAUGUUGACCCUGAAGAAACGCAAUGUUCCUAAGCAUAUGUUUCAUGUUUGAGAGACGAGUAAUAUAAGUUGUCGUUGCUUCUAACUUGGUGCUACAUGUUUAUUUGUAAUCAUACUUGUGGAUACAUAUUAUGGUUUUGUAUAUAUCAUACAAGCAAUCCUUUUUAUUGUUCCUAGAAAAACUUGUUUUUUCAUGCCAUUCAUGGAAAUUGGACUUCCCGUUCUGUACAAUUUGGCCUAUGAAAUAAAUUUCUUGUUGGCAUGUUAAA